AUUCGGUUCUGCUGAUUGGAUGAUGCGUGCACAAUGUUACAUGCUAGCGCAAGAACUUUACGAAUUUGAAAAGAAUUAUGCUCUUUGCAACUCCGUCUAUAGUCCAGACCAUCCAAAAUUCCUUUUCGUUGGGAUAUUAAUUCCUUGUAUAGGGAUAUUAUUGUUAUAGAAAUAAGAUUAUUAUGAACAAACUUUAUAACAAAUUGUGGUUUCUUUACAUAAUUUGGUAGCCCUGUGUAUAUUCAGUUGUUAAGAAACAAUAGAAAAUUGUGUAUAUGAAAAUAAUUUAUCACAAAGAUAAAUAAUUAAUGUUCCAAGGAGAAUAAUGGAUGAAAAAAGAUCUUCUUAUUUGUUCUCUACCUCUGAAUCACUACUUUCUCAAGAUGCAAUUGGUAGAAUUUCUGUACCAAAGGUACCUUUGCAGAAGGAUGAUACAGUUAUUGAAAAUGAUGAUACAGAUUUGCUAUCACAUAGUGAUAUGAGUUGGGAAACUAUGGAGGAUAGAUAUAUGUUAUUUGAAAUUGCAUCUAAUGAUUCUAUAACAACUACAUCAAAGUCUUCAUCCAAUUCCAAUCUUUCAUUUUCAUUGCUUGAUCAAAUAUCACUUUCAGUAGAUCAAAAAAUAAUACAAUGUGCAACUGAAAACAACUGGAGUAGUUAUGCUCUAGAUAUCAGUUUAUGGGAUGAUGGUAGAGCACCAGUUAUGAAAUUAAGAAAUCUUAAAGAAAUAUCAUUUGAUGAUUUAGAAUUCUGUGGAUAUCUUACUGACAGACUAAUAGGAGUUGGAAAAUCAUUCUUGACUAAAUCUCCUGAAAAUAGUCUUUAUAUAUUAAGUAAAUGUAUUAUGAGAAAUAUGUCACUAUCAAAUAUUACAAUGUUAAGUUACCACCGUUAUUUACAAUAUAUUGAUCUUGCAUAUAAUUAUAUUACAAAUUUAUCACCUCUGGGAGGGGUUCCUUACUUAAUGUACUUAAAUGUAGCACAUAACAGAAUGAAUACUAUUUUAAAUUUUUCACCUCCUUGGUAUUUGACAUAUGUAAAUUUAUCAUACAAUUAUAUAUCAAAAAUGUAUGAUAUUAGUGAUUUCUGGAGUAUUGUUCACUUGGAUUUGUCACAUAAUGCAAUUGAAACCAUUACUGGUUUGCAAAAUUUGAAAUAUUUAAAAUAUUUAAAUUUAUCAUAUAACUUAAUUGAGUACAUUGAAAAUUUGGAUAGAUUAAAUAUUCAAGAACUAAAUUUAGAGGGUAACUGUAUACUGUCAUAUAAAUCUGCCAUUCCUGGAUAUGGCAUAAGUACUUUAUCUGAUUUGCGGAAAUUAUAUUUAGGAUAUAAUAAAUUGUCUACUUUAGAAUUUUUUAAGGAUGCAUAUAGUUUACGUGUGAUAGAUUUAAAGUUUAAUAGAAUCAAUGAUUUAUUAGAAUUAUUAAAUCUCACUGGUUUAAUACAAGAAGUAGAUUUUAGAGGUAACAGUUGCACAAAAUGGCCUAAUUAUAAAGCUGUACUUCUAUUUUCCAUACCAAGUAUACAAAUUAUCGAUGGUGUUAAUGUAUCUACUUCAGAAAAGAUUGCUGCAGUUGCUCUAUUUGCACCACCAGUAAAUUUAACAGCUGCUCGCACUAUAACAAAGCUAACUUUAUUAGAGCAAUUAAAUAUUCCUAAAAUUGAUCUUCAUGUAACACCAUAUGAUGAAGUGAGCCCACCUAUAAUAAUACUCACAGGUCCAAGUGCAGUGAGAAAAUUAUCUUUGGCUCUUCACGCGGUCCAAACAUUAUCAAAAAAAGUCCAAUAUUGUCAGUGGUAUACAACAAAAAGCUCAGAAGAUGAAAGUGAAAAUCAAUUUUACAUUUUUGUAGACAGAGAAGAAUUUAAUGAUAUGUCUCGUCAUGGAGAAUUUUUAGCAAUUCAAGAGAGAUUAGGAUACAGCUAUGGAUUUCAUCACAAUCAAAUUACUUCCUUAAAAUUAAGAAAUAAAAUUGGUAUAACACAAACGGAUUUACAUGCAACCAUUCAAAUGCGUAACCGGUAUUCUAAUAGUAGAGCAGUUCUUGUGCUCCCAAAAAAUGAAGAAAUCCACCGUGAAUGGAUACAAGAAAGGUUUUAUGUUUAUACAUGUACUAAAGAUAGUAAAGAAAAUUUAUUAUCUGAAGAAAGUUCAGCAAUACCUAUAGGAAGUGAUAUAAAUUUUAUUAAAGAAAUUAUAAAUGAUAUUAUAAGAGAUCUUAAAUUACUUCCCAAAAUUUCACUGGCAACAGAGACUGAUGAUAAAACAACUCAUAAUACAUUGGAAAAUGUAACAAUAUUUGAUGAUGAAGCUGUGCAGGGUACAACAGAAAUGAAAGACAAAACAUCAAAUUAUAUUAAAUUUCAGGAACAAGACAUUAAUUCACAUUUUGAUGAUAAAGGAUUACGAGUAUUGAGUUUACUUAGCACUAGAGGUAUGCAGGAUCUGAAUGGGCAUUUUUUUCGAUACCGGGACCGGUUAUUGAAAUUUUCGGAAUUCUCGAAAUUGACAAGUUUCUCGAGAACGUCCGGGUUUCUCGAAAGUUUUUUUCGAAAAAUCCGAAGGCACGUUUCAAGAUUCGCUUUAAUGAAUACGAUCGUGGUUUCGAAUUUUUUAUUUUUUAGGAACCACCAUAAACCGAAUCUUUUCAGUUUAACUUCAAUUCACACAAGUAUUUUCGGUUUAUGGAUGGUAAUUUUAGAUGAGCAUUCAAAUGUUAUAGUGGAAGAUGAACAAUUAAGGCGUAAAAGACAUCAAGCAAAACUAUUGCAGCGUCGUAAUACAUUGAUUCGAGGAACAGUACCUUCAUUUACAGAUGAACUUAGUGAAUCAAGUGAAGAACUAUUAACAAGAAGAUCGCCAGAAAUGGAAAAACCAGAACAUAUGAAAGAUUUCUAUACCGACUUGAUAUUAAAUUCAAGAAAAAUGUACCUAGAUCAACAUGUGAAUAAGCCUGGAUUUUUUUCCUUAGUGCUACUAUCAGAUGAUUAUUUUAAAGCAUUUAACAAAUUAAUUAAUUUUAUUUAUGAAUUAUACACAAAUUAUUCUUUUCAAGAACCUAAAUUUUUAGCAGAACUUAAUCAUUUUUCAAAGAUUGCUAUUCCGGCAAUGAUCGAUCCCAUUAUUGAUGAGAUAAAACAAUCUUUAUCAACACCUAUAUUACAAAGAAGAACUUUGUUGAGAAUGUAUGGUGUUACUUCAUGGAAGGAUUUGAUGCCUAGUCAAAUAGUAGAAGAUUCAACUGAUGUUGCUGAUUAGGUACAAGAUAAAUGUUCAGUUAUAAAACUAGUUAAUCCACUCAUAAUUUAUUUUUUGAAGUUUUAAUUUUACUGGUUAUAUGAUUAUCUUGUACAAUUUUAUUGUAUUUUAUUGAUAACAGUCUGUUUUUAAAUAGUAAUAUAUAUGUUACAAAAAAUGAACACAUUCUUUUAGAAAUACUUUCAUACAAGGAACUCUUAAUUGACAUAAGAAUACAUAUUUAUAAUUGCUUUACUUAUUUAUGCACAGUUGAUUUAUAUGUUAUCCUGCUAAGUUUAAAAAAUAUGAUAAUAGUUACAUAUGUAUAUGAUAAAAAAUAAUUGGAUUUAUUUAAAGCGUUUUUCAAGUAUAUUCUAAUAAAGUAAUUAUUUGUUAGAAAUCUAAA